UAUAUAAGGAAAUUAUUCACAAAGAGCUAUUAGUUGAACUAAACACAGCAAAAUGGUCGGUAAACUCGAGCUUCUAUUAUUUUUUCUGCAACUUUGGCACGUUGCAAUGCCAAAUAAGACGCUCGAAGCUGUUUCCCACCCAAUUCAACAAGAGAUUCCAUUUGAUAGCAGUAGCGAAAGCAAUUUCCCAAUUCAAAUUGGCAACAAGUUUUACCAUAUCGGGAUCAACUCGAAAGUAAAUUGGUAUCAGGCAGCUCACAAUUGUCGAAAACUGGGAGGAAAUUUGCUCAACAUCGAGAGCAGUAAGGAAAUGGAUGCAAUCUUAUCGCAAAUUCCACAGGAUCGUUACUGGAUAUCUGCAAACUGUCUGGCAAGAGAUAGAGACUUUACAUCUAUAACUACUGGAGAGCCCAUGCCUUUUUUCAGAUGGCACAAAGGAGAGCCCAAUAACGUACACGCUACGGAAUAUUGUGUUGAAAUUAAAAGAACGGCUCUUAACGACGAAAUAUGUGUGAAUAAGUUCAAUUACAUAUGUGAAGCUAAAAUAAUGUAUUGAUGAUAAAAUAAUAAUAAAUUAUAAAUAUUGCUGGA